AUGCCUGUGUGCGUUGUAAAAAAUUGUACGAGUGGCAGUCGUACAUCAAAAAUUGCCGAAAUUAAACCAAUCCUUCAUCGUUUUCCUAAGGAUGAAUAUCUGCAAAAAUUGUGGGUUGAACUUAGUGUUAUGUCUGAAAAAAUUAAAAUUUCUUCUGCACGAGUAUGCUCAUUACAUUUUGAUUCAUCUGAUUAUGAAAAACCAAUGAUUCAAAGAAUGUUAAAAUAUUCUCCUAAACAUCAACGAAAACUUAAACCCAAUGCUGUACCAUCAAAAAAUUUGCCCAGAAUUCAAAAACCAACAAUUAAAUGUAAGCCUGUAAAUACACAUACACCACACUCUACACAUGAUGGUUUAUUCCAAGCUAGUUUUCAAAGUUCUAAAUUACCUAAAGAAAAAAAUGAUCCAUUUACUUCAAAUAAUAAUAAUAAUUGUUUGAAUGAUCUACCUGAUUUUGGAGUACAAUUAUUAAGUGAAACACAAGAUGUUGGUAUUCAGUGUGAAAUAGGUAUGGUGUAUUCUGGACUUCCAGUGGAAAGAGCUGAUGUUAGUACACAGUGUGGUAAUGAUUUGAAUGAAGUUGAGAAGUAUGAAAAAAAUACAAAUAAUUAUUAA